GUCAUCCCUCGCUGCGUUAUUUUAGUGUGGUGCGCCGCCGCUACCGCAAUUCUCGCACUCGGAAGAUUGCACUCGAAAAUCGAAACACGUGUUGUGGAUUGUUUGGAGUGAGUAGUGAUGUCGAAGAAGAAACAUGCAAUGUCCUUGGGCCGCAGCCUGAUUAAGCAGAAGCCUUCGAGCCGGCUAUACGACCCCUCGGCAUUGCAUACAACGGAGCUGAAUGAUGGCUAUGACUGGGGCCGGGCCAACGUCACCAGCAUCACAGAGCAGAAUGACUUGGAUGAAUUUCUGGCAACUGCCGAAUUGGCAGGUGUCGAUUUCACGGCUGAGAAGCAGAAUGUGACAGUGGUCAGUGUGGGCAGCGUGGUGCGUGGUGUACUGUCUGAGCAAGAGCGAGCCAGCCUGCGCAGGCUACAUGAGAGGCACCAGGACCUGCUGCGCAUACCAAGGAGGCCUCCCUGGGACGAGAGCACCAGUGCCGAGGAACUCCACGCCCUGGAGAAGGAAAGCUUUGUGGCGUGGCGGAGACAGCUGGCUGAGCUGCAGGAAACGGAUGGCCUGAUGAUGACGCCCUACGAGAAGAACCUUGAGUUUUGGCGACAACUCUGGAGGGUCAUCGAGCGCAGUGACGUGGUUGUGCAGAUAGUGGAUGCUCGGCACCCCCUGCUGUUCCUGUGCCAAGACCUGGUGCAGUAUGUGGCCGAGACAAAUGCCAGCAAAUGCAGCCUGCUGCUCCUCAACAAGGCUGACUUGCUCACACGGCCUCAACGUGAGGCAUGGAGCAGGUACCUGGACUCGGUUGGCGUUCGGGCAGUGUUCUUCUCUGCACUCGUCGAGGGCCAAGAUAUAAAGUGCCUUGAUGCCGAGGAAGAAGAGAGGAGACCGGAUAGUCCAGCAGAAAACUCCAGCAGCUGCAACAGCGAUCCAGCAGAGGUCAACAGUGCCAACCUGUACAGCAAGGACAAGCUGCUGCAGCUGUUUCGGACCAUCCAUCCAGAGUCGAGACAAUCCAAGGGCAAGACUGUUAUUGGCUUGGUGGGCUACCCCAAUGUGGGCAAGAGUUCUACCAUCAACGCACUCGUCCGCAGCAAGAAGGUCUCAGUGUCCACCACACCGGGCAAGACCAAGCAUUUCCAGACGCUGAACCUGGACGAUGACUGCCCUGGCCUGGUCUUUCCCAAUUUCGUAAACAACAAGGCCGAGAUGGUAGUCCACGGAAUUUUGCCGAUUGACCAGAUGACAGACCAUGUUCCUCCUGUCAACCUCGUGGCCAGCCUUAUUCCGAGGCACGUGUUGGAGUCCACCUACAGCAUUUGCUUGCCAACGCCCCACGAGACAGAGGACCCAGGCAGAGCACCCACUGCGGAGGAGCUGCUUAAUGCCUAUGGAUACAUGCGAGGCUUCAUGACACAAAGUGGGUUGCCGGAUAACCCACGUGCAUCGCGCUACAUACUCAAAGACUUUGUCAAUGGGAAGUUGCUCUACUGUGUUGCGCCACCUGGUGUGGACCAGAACGAGUACCACACAUUUCCACCACCCCCUGCCCGAACACGUCGGCUCCUGCUCACCUUUGACCGGCCACCACAAAUGAAGUGCACACAGAAUCUCAAGACCACAAGUAAGGACAUUGACAGGAGCUUCUUUCAGAAGGCUGCUCCCCGAGCACACGUGAAGGGCCGCAUUGUUGCUGGAACUUCUGGAGUGAUCGUUGAGGGCGUGUCGUCGGCAGAGAGCAAACCCUGGAAGAAACAUCACAAUGCCGGCAAGAAGGAGAAGCUAAGAAGAAUUUAUGCUGAGCACGAUGCUUGAGAAGCUUUAAACUGUUCUCUGUGGACGCUGUUAUUAUGACAUUGCGUUGGAGACUUGCUGUUAAGAAAACCUGGCACACAGAUGCCUUCCGUAGUGAUUGCUGUCUGCUUUUGGGUGGUUUGAAGCCAACCCGCCAGAGCUUCUACUGUUGGCCUUCUGGGCCUUGUGCCAUUGAAAAAUCACUUCUGCUGAAGAAGCAGGGCAUGACUGCAA